AAGAAAAAAUAAUAAUAGUUAAUGAAAGGAUGAAAGAGCUGCAGUGAAAGUGUAAGCCUAAGCAACCAAAGCCUGCCAAGGAGGGCGUGACAUGAUUGCCUCGUAAGCAGUGAUUAGUUUUCAUUAUAUCUCAUUGACAAGAGAUUGUCGCACUUGCACACAUCUCGGCUCGGUCUGAUUGAUAUACCGGUGACCUACCGAAGGAGUUGGUUCUCACCAAUAUGUCAUCUCCUCUUUUACUGAAAGUGUUGGGGAGCACAUCUUUUCCAGUGCAAAUACCAUCACAAAGGCUCUCCAAACCUGUACCUUGUGCUUCUCUGAAAUGUUAGUUAGACUUGUUCUUGACAGUCUUCGCAUUCCUCGCAAGUUAGUCAGACGAGAAAGAUGAUGAUGGCAAGCCUUGCUCUCUGGAAUUGAGUUAUGACAGUUUGCGCGAGUGUGGCAAUGCUGUCGUCGUCCUGCAGCUGCGUAGGUAUCGAUGACCUAUGGCAGAGGCUGAAAAUGACGUGGCUGUGUUGCAGUAUCAAUUCACACAAUAGUAGUGUUGUUCACUGUAUGGAAGAGAGUGAUGUAGGUCAGACUGUUGUUCCACGCAACUUCCGCCUGCUGGAGGAACUGGAAGCAGGCCAGAAGGGCGUUGGAGAUGGCACCAUUUCGUGGGGACUGGAGGAUGAUUCAGACAUGACCCUUACCAACUGGACUGGCAUGAUCAUAGGGCCACCUAGGACCAAUUUUGAGAAUCGGAUGUACUCAUUAAAGGUAGAUUGUGGUUCAAGAUACCCAGAUGAGCCUCCAAAUAUUCGCUUUAUCAGUCGGAUCAACAUGCAGGGAGUCAACAGCCAGACAGGAGUGGUGGAUCGUCGACAUGUGUCUGUACUUGAACGUUGGCAAAGAAAUUACACAAUCAAGACAGUGCUGCAGGAGUUGAGGCGCUUAAUGACCCAGAAGGAAAACAUGAAACUCACACAGCCACCAGAGGGCACAACCUUUUAGCUGGCCUGUUCAUCACUCAGCCUCCCAAAGCCCAAAAACCCCUCCAGACGGCCGACAUACACAUCCUGGAAUCAGGAGAGGGGAUGCACCAAUGCGGCACCAUCGCUACUACCCAUGGGAUGUCACGCGCUUGCUGGCCGACACACGUGCCAGCCAGCCAGACCUCCUUCAAGAUUAGGUAUCCAGGCUUUUUUGAGAGAAAAUUUCUUCCUCUGGGGUUGAAGCUUUUCAUCUAAAUGUAGACUUUGUGAGGGUUUUUGUGAAUCUUGAACAUUCAUUGUAUAGUGUGAGAUCCCCCCAAAAAAGAAUCGCUUUAUAGAAUGUGGAUUUUACUGAAUAUCUAGGCUGAUUAUCUUGCUCAUUGUCGAAGGGAUUUCUGGCUUUGUAUUGGGCAAAGGAAGUCAAGGUUGGUCAUCUUGAUAAAAGAAAGGUAAUGGGAAGUCAAGCUGGCCUUUCAGAGAGCAAAUCUUGUGGGGAAGUUAGUAGCUUCUCAUAGAUGGAGAAAAUUAAAAAUGCUUACCAACCAUUGUGCUUUGAAAUAUGGAUGAAAAACUGUUCAUCACUGAUUGAUAAUGAUUUGUACCAAAGUUUAAGGAAGGAUUUUGUGAUAUUUAUACUUUUUCCCGUACAUUUGCAACUUCCCCAGACCAAAGGCUAGGGCAGUGUCACAUGAAAAGGAGCAUGGUGUAUUGAUAUGAGCCUUUUGAAGGAGCCAUGUUACAAAUCCACAGCUUGUGUACACAGGGAUCUUGCCGUGUCCAUUCACCUCUUCAUACCUCGUCCAUAACUACUCCCCUGACGCUGUUUUUUGUUCCGUCUCAAAGAUUAAAUUCCGCAGCAGAUGCAUUAGGGCGGCAAGCAUGCAAACAGUGGCGCUUUGUGUUUAUCCAGCUGCAGCAGAGUACUGUCACGUCUCGCUUUCCCACAAGUCUCUCUCUCUUGUUUUGGAAGUUUACAAAAGUUCAUAUAUAUAUUGUAAUUUCUUAGAGCCCUUUACCCAUGCCUCCAUAAUAACAGUAUUAUGGAACUAUUAUCAAUUAAAUACACUUAUUGGAGUAUAUUGUAUGAAGGAAUGCAAAAUGAACACAUCUCACACAUGGCAUCCACUAAAAUAUUUAAGUUUCAGAUCUAGUUUUACUAUCUAUUUUCACUGUCUCACUUGAUCUAUAUCUUUUUUGUUCUGUAUUGUUUUAUUUGUAUCAUCAGUGUUAUGACUUUUUUUAUAUACAAAUAUAGGUUACAUCCUCAACAUUUCUGGACCCAUCCAUCCACAUGGCAUGUUGUUUGCCUUUGUAGGCAAACACGACUUUAAACUACCAUCACUCUUAGACAAGUGCAUUGUUAGGGAGGGGGCAACACUAGCAUUGUAGGGUCAAUAUUUUAGGAUUUUAGGGUAAAGUUACUGAUUUUUAUCAUGUUACAAUAUUCCUCCUAAGGUUUCAUCAUAGCUUGUUUGUCCCCUUUCCCAUGGGUUUGUUCAAAGGCAAUGUAAAAGGAAUUAAAUUGUGAGAAGAAUGAUAAUAAAAAUUUCUACUCCAUA